AUGGUGCCUAUCGAUGACGAUAUGUCCUGGAGUAACUAUGUCAAAGCAGUUUUCAAUGGCACCGACUGGAAUUGCCUGGAGGUUUAUGUUCAGGCAGAGAAGCGUCCAUCUAUGGAGCCGGUUUCUUCGGAGCCACAGAGGUCCUGGACAAGGGAGCAGAGCCCUAGAGCUGGCGGUUUCGACUUCUUUCUGAGCAACAAGAGAAAUGAUUCACCAUCCUCAAGGAAGGAGCCUGAGUCGGCUUCAGAGUCAGAAUCCGACAUGAAGUCUGAAGAUGGCGAGGAUGAUGGCUUUGCCUACACAUUGCACCAGAGGGUUCUCGAGCUUGAGGACGAUCUCAAUGCUGCGAACCGGAAGCUGCUUGAUGCAAACGAAAAGCUCGAGGUUUUCGAGAAGAAGAGCUUGAGGUGCCGUUGCGAUUAUAAGGAAAACGGAAAUGGUGCCGAUCAAGCUACAAAGAUUACACAUACCGAGGGAGAUCUCACGUUGAUUAGGGAGAAGCUACAGUAUUCACAAGUGGAGAUUGACAGUCUCAAAAGGAGGCUCGAAGACGCCGCAACUUUGUCAGAAGAGCACUCUAGGCUGUUGGAACAAAACAAGGAACUGGAAUCUGAAAUUGUCAAUCUGAAGGAAGAAAUGGCUUCGGCAAGACUGUAUUUCGACGACAAACUAUCCGAGAGCAAGGCCGAGAUCAGCAAGUACAUUCAAGAGCUUACCGCCGUGUACAAGAAGCUGCUGCGGGAGAGGCUCACCAACAGAGCACAGAUGGGUAAGCUGCAAGAGACGAUCCGGAUCGCCGGUCAUGAGCUGGAGAAAGUUUCUGAAGAGAAAUCCCUAGUGGAGGAUCAUGUGAAGGAGCUGGAGGAGGCAAACGCCGAAGCCGAAAGGCGGAGGCAGGAGCUCAUCCAUGCCGCCGAAAUGCUGUUGGAGGACAAGUUCAGGCAUGAGGCUGAGAUCCUGACGAUGCAGCAGAGCAUCGAGGAUCUGAAGCCGAAAUUCGUGAGCAUCGCCAGAGAGAAGUCGCUGCUGAAACUCUGGUUCGCUGAUCUGGAGGUCGUUGUGGAUCGAGGGAGGAGCGUCGUAGUGGAGUAG